AUGGCAAAGUCUGACUAUUUACUUUGCGUCCAUCGCAAAAGCUGCAGAGAAUCGGAGUACGACUUCCAAUGCAUAGCUGCGCAAGCGCGCAAAGUUAGACCCUCACGGAUUGUCGCAAGACGAAUUAGUUCUGUGCGCAAGGACAACGAUUUGGAGUGGCUAAAUCAGAGCGAAAUUGAAGGAGUUAAAGAUUUUACUGAAAAACACAUUGUAACCCCAUUUAAAAAUUUUAAAUAUGUUAGCAUUGUGAUCUUAGACUACGAUCUAAGCAAUAUUAAGAAGAUGUCGUCUCGCACAAAACUUAUAAUGAAGUUGAGUAACCAACAAGCAAGCCAUUCUUGUGUGGAUAUUGUUGAAUACGAGGUUGGAAAAGAUGGAAUUUUGUCUCCUAUUCACGCACAACCAUCUAGUAAAAUAAAUGGAACUCUUGUAAAUAGUAAUGAGGUUCCACCACCGAAGAUUGUAAACAGUUUUGAUCAUAUAGAAUUUCCGGUAGACUUAAACGAUUCUGCUAGCAUAAACAAUGAUAACUCGACCAGUUUUAACCAUUUAGAAGUGCCGGCAGGCUUGAAAGAUCCUAGUAUUUUGACCGAUUUUGACUUGUAG